AUGUUCCUGUGUAAACUUCUAUUUUUCUCCGUAUUCUUUUGCUUUGUGCAAUCAUAUCCAGCAAACACCAAGCAAAUGCCCAGUCCGUUGUCGUCAAAAUCGGAUGACUCAAAUGAGACCAGUCUUGAUAAUAAUGACGAGAAAAUAUCGGAAAUUUUCAAUAUACCCGACUCUGCUACAAACGAACCGACCAACAUAACAAAUUGUGAUAAUGUUAUUUGCAUUGCCUAUUCAAUGUGCAUCGAUGACAAAGUGGUGAACAAUAGUACUGAAUUAUUUGAUUGGCGAGAAUCAUCACGAAAUUCAACGGAAAAAUUCCUUCCAGGUGAAUUGGUAAAGUGUGAUAAUAUGGAGGUGCCAUGCUGUGCGGAUGAAGCGAUACAAAAUUUGAAUCAACCUGCACCAGACAAUAAUACGCAAAACAAUCAAAAUGAAUAUGAUUCAAUCGAAGACUACGACGGUGACGACAAUACAUUUAUGACCAUUCAAAAAUGCGGCUAUGGUAAAUUCAUAUCCAGUCGAGUAGUCAGCGGUAAUGAAAUGCGACCGAAUGAAUUCCCGUGGAUGGUUGGAAUAUUCUUCCGAUUACCAACGGAUAAACUACGUUAUGUUGGUGGUGGUUCAUUAAUUCAUGAGUCUGUGAUUUUAACGGCGGCUCAUUUACUGCUGCAAUUUACACCCGAACAACUGGUGAUUCGUGCCGGUGAACACGACAUUUUGAAACCAGAAUCGGAUGGAAAACGUCAAGAACGAAACGUAACGAAUAUCAUCAAUCACGAAGAUUUGUACGCCGAUUCGUUGAUCAAUGACAUUGCAUUGAUCGUAGUGGAUAAACCAUUUAAAAUGACCGAUUCGGUGAAUACCAUUUGUUUACCACCACAAGGUAUUCACACCAAUGAAGAUACGAUCUGCACAUCAGGUGGAUGGGGCAAAAAUGCAAACAAUCAUAAUGGAAAAUAUCAAGCAACAUCGAAAAAAAUUGAAUUACCCAUUGUGGAGCAAGGCAAAUGUGAAAAAAUCUUAAGAAAAACACGAUUGGGACCAUUUUACAAUUUGCAUGAUAGCUUGAUGUGCGCAGGCGGCGGUAGACGUGAUACAUGUAAAGGAGACGGCGGAUCACCAUUAUUUUGCGAAAUUUCGAAUGACAUCGGACGAUUUUAUCAAAUAGGCAUCGUUGCCGGCGGAAUUGGAUGUGGGAAAAAGCUACCGGGAAUGUACGUUAAUGUUGCCUAUUUUGGCGAUUGGAUCACACAACAACUUCAAUUUAUUAAUAUGAGGAUGAGACCGGAAAAUAUUUUGCAAUAUGAAUUGUUUGAUUGA